UUAUCAUAUUUGGUCAAAGAUCAUAAGGGGGAACUUCGGUUUGGGCCUUGAUGAUGUCUCCACUAGCCAAGGGACUCUUUCAUCGCGCGAUUGACAUGAGCGGCUCGUAUGUGUAUAAUGCUUCCCUGGAGUCAGCAGAAAAAGACAACUUAGAAUUCCUGAGGAGAACUGGCUGCAAGAACGCCAUCUGCCUGAGAGGACUACAUAUCGCUCAAGUCCUUCAGGCAAUCCCGUGGCAGCAGUACCCAGCAUGGGCAGCCGAUGAAUUAACCGAUAUUCCAGUCAAAGGUGUUUUUCUUGGCCCGGUUGCAGUAGUUGACAACUAUGUUCUCAAAGCUCCUCCGUUCGAAACCUGGGAGAAGGGUGGAGCCGGAGCCUAUAAUGACGUCCCAUUUGUGGUUGGAACAACUGAACAGGAGACUGAUUUUAGUCCUCCAUAUGAAAACAUCUCAGCAUGGACUUGGGGAGACUAUCGGUGGAUUGUGACAAACAAACUGACCCCUUUCGGAGAGGCCCUGACCAAUCAGGCGCUGAGGCUGUACAAUAGCGCGGCUCCGUGUCCAACCUCUGACCGAUGCCCAGAGAGACUCUUCACCACCAUGGUCUCUGACAUGAGGGCCACCUGCCCCAGGAACGAUCUGGCUAAGAGAGCUGCAGGAGCCUUAAAGAGUCCAGUGUACCGCUAUCUGGUGACUUACACUCCAUCAAAACAGGCAAACGCCUCCAGCUGGCUUCCCUUCCCCAGUCGCUUUGCCUUUCAUCUUCUAGACAGCCUGGCCUUCUUCGGGGGUCUUGAAAUGGUGCUGGGGACCCUGUCACUGGCUGAUAUCAGCUUCCAGGAAAUGAUCACCAAGUAUUUUGUACAUUUUGCCAAAGAGGGUAGGAUGCCAGAGGAGUGGCCGGAGUUCCCCUCAUGUGUCGCCCUGCUGGACAAGAACAUUUCUUUUGUAACAAGCUACUCCCGCGAGAGGUGUGACCUGUGGGAGGAGAACAGCUUCUACUCGUACGCCUGGAUCAACUGAGCCACAUCACUGGUUGUAUCGAUCCAUCCACUGCAUUUUCAUCCGAGCUUUAUUGUGUGAUUAUACAGCACUGAUAUACUGUAUGUGACCCUGGACCACAAAACCAGUCUCAAGUAUCA